AUGGAAGACUUUUACGCCGCGCGCGUUUGGAACGAACAAAAGCGUUUUGGAGUGGCGAACGUGCGGCAAAACUUUCCCCUAAGUGAUGUGAAGAUGUUCUCGCAGAGACGAACAACGACGAGCCCAAAAGGCUUUCGUCGCAACAAGCCGCCUUUCGUAAAAAAACGAUCAUCUUUUCGUCGCUCUUUUUCCUCCUCUCUGAAGAAGUCUGGAGAUGAUGGAUUUUCCCCGGGGGCGGAACCGUGGGACCCUUCAAAGAACGACGGCGAGUUAGAUCCGAUUCGGAACGAAGUUCUGUUACGAAUCGUCCAAUCCGAGAUUUCAGACGAGGAGGUGAACAAACUCGUCUGGCGGUGUUUAGGAUACGAAAUGAGGAUAGAGCUCGACCCGGAGACGUUAACCGCGACAGAAACGUGGCGAGUAUCGAAUAAAGUGUUCCCGAACUGGGCGAAACGGUUUCCAGAACCGCCGGAUGUGAUUGGGGUGACGAGGAAGUAUUACCCGGAAAUCGACCAACCGGUGAAGGAAGCGUGCGCGAGCUUGACGAGAUCGGUCUCGAGCGAAUAUAAGAACGGGUUGAAAGAACAGUUGAAACCGUUAGGGUGGAAAGGGUUUAAAAUGGAAGGGUUGACGCCGAACAUGACGAGACGAGCGCAAGCGGCGAAUUGGUUGGUGUAUUAUAGGAGCGAGUUGAGAGGGGUCCCGAUCGAGGAGUUGAAGAGGAGACGAGAACUUCGAAGACUGAAAGAGAUCGAGGAAGGCGAGGAGAAGAAACCAACCGGUGGGUCCGCGCAAUCCGUCGUUUAA